AUGGAUGUCGCCGCUGGUUCACAAUCACAAUGUUUGAGCGGGUCAAAGACUAGCAACGUUCGCGCAAAUCUGAUCCAAUCAUUUCUCGUCGCACCCAUGAUUCGCGUUCAGGUGAUUGCAAUGGGAGAUGACCCUACUGACAUUCGCGCGAUCAAUCGUUGGAUUGUCAGACAUCCGUGCGACGAAAAAUAUGGCGUUUUUCUUUACAUAUUGAUGCGUCGUGCGCGGUUCUGCGAGAAAGCCAGAAGUGUUCAUCAUUUAUCACCACGUAGCGAAGUGGUUACAUUGUAUGAUCUCCAACAUGAAUUUGGGAAAUGGGCAGAGAAGAGAUUGACUAUCGGAUCAGCGUUGUCAUUUUUUGAAGCAGCCGGCAAGGAUACAAUAGACAGAUCAGAAUGCCAAGACGAUCAGAAAUGCGUGUUGGGAUUAUUUUCAAUCGAGAUUCAUUUGUUUCCUUCAAUGGUGUGCUCUCCACCCACCCAUCUUAUGCAGAGUAUGAGAAUUGUUAAGACUGAUAUAAUCCGUUUAGCUGAUGUACCCAGCAUCACUACCGAUGUCUACACGCGUAUCUCUCCACCCAUUUUGACGAUUCGAGCAGAAAACCCCUUAGUCGCAUCUGAACCUUUACUGGAAGCUAAUCCCGAAGCUAUACAGUCAUCUGAUAUCGCAUCCCCGGAAAUUGACCGUGAAUCACAAAACCCACCAGAUUGGGUUGUGAUAGCUCUGGCCAUAUCGCUCUUGUUCCUAACGAUAGGCCUUAGCAUGGCGACUUACUGUCACAUUCGUAAAGAAGAACCACGUAGACAAGUAGGACCGCUUAGCAAUGUCAACAGUGGAGAUAGAACCAUUCGUUCUAGUAGAAACAGCAGAUCCUUUGCAACCACGGUCCCCUUAGAAUCUCGCCCCCUUCCACCUGGUGUUCACCCUGAUCUCGUCGUUCCUGUUACACAUCCUUUAAAGUCAAGAAAAGGAAAGGGAAUUGCGAGCGCGACCAUCAGUGCGCCAAAGCGAAUCCCUACCCGCCAACCACGAAACGUCAUACCAUUUCCAACCUUGAUCCCGACACACCGAGCGGAAGGAUCCGAGUUGCUUAAAGUCUCUGCAUCAACCGCAUGGUCUCCGGUGAUUAAUCGUGACCCGUAUGGAACAGCUCGAGUUUCUUACGAACAUCUUAUACUUUCACCCGCUGCUAGAAAACGACGAGUGCCAUCUUUAGCUUGCGAUCAACGUACUUUACUUGCUAUAGCUUCUCACGAGAUCGAAACCCGGGAGUCUGAAACUAAACGUACAUCAGGUAAACCUUUCUUAUCAAAACCUUUCGCAAAAAUAAACGCAAACCAAAAGAAGGAAGAGAGAAAGAAGGCAGAGGCAAAGAAGGAAGAGGCCAAGGAGGGAAAAGGCAAGAAGGAAAAUGAAAAUGCCGAAGGUGUUGUCAUUAACCUGGUUCCCAGGGUGCUUUCAUUAAUCAUUGAAGAAGAAGAUUGA